CUGCACUGACUGAACAGACUUAGCGAAGUCACCUGGCUAAGAGCAGUGGUACCAGCAGAAGCAGCAGCAGAGCUCCUGAGAUAACUCAGGCAUAGUUUGACACUAUGGGUCCUCCUCUGAAGCUCUUCAAAAAUCAGAAGUACCAUGAACUGAAACAGGAGUGCAUCAAAGACUGUAGACUUUUCUGUGACCCAACCUUUCUGCCCGAGAACGAUUCUCUUUUCUACAACAGACUGCUUCCUGGAAAAGUGGUAUGGAAACGGCCCCAGGACAUCUGCGAUGACCCCCACCUGAUUGUAGGCAACAUCAGCAACCACCAGCUGAUUCAGGGAAGACUGGGGCACAAGUCCAUGGUUCCUGCAUUUUCCUGUUUGGCUGUGCAGGAGUCUCACUGGACAAAGACAAUUCCCAACCAUAAGGAACAAGAAUGGGAUCCUCGAAAACCAGAUAGAUAUGCUGGAAUAUUUCACUUUCGGUUCUGGCAUUUUGGAGAAUGGAUAGAGGUGGUGAUUGAUGACUUGCUGCCCACCAUCAAUGGAGAUCUGGUCUUCUCCUUCUCAACUUCCAUGAAUGAGUUUUGGAAUGCUCUACUGGAAAAAGCCUAUGCAAAGCUUCUGGGCUGCUAUGAGGCCCUAGAUGGUCUGACCAUCACUGAUAUCAUUGUGGACUUCACGGGCACUUUGGCUGAAACUGUUGACAUGCAGAAGGGGAGAUACACUGAACUUGUUGAGGAGAAGUACAAGCUGUUUGGAGAACUGUACAAAACGUUCACCAAAGGAGGUCUGAUCUGCUGCUCCGUUGAGUCUCCCAGUCAGGAGGAGCAAGAAGUUGAAACUGACUGGGGCCUGCUAAAGGGUCAUACCUAUACCAUGACUGAUAUUCGCAAGAUACGUCUUGGAGAGAGACUUGUGGAAGUCUUCAGAGCUGAGAAGUUGUAUAUGGUUCGCUUGAGGAAUCCCUUGGGAAGACAGGAAUGGAGUGGCCCCUGGAGUGAAAUUUCUGAAGAGUGGCAGCAGCUGACUUCAGCAGAUCGCAAGAACCUGGGGCUUGUCAUGUGUGACGAUGGAGAGUUUUGGAUGAGCCUGGAAGACUUUUGCCGCAACUUUCACAAACUGAAUGUCUGUCGCAAUGUGAAUAAUCCCGUUUUUGGCCACAAGGAGCUCGAAUCUGUGCUGGGAUGCUGGACUGUGGAUGAUGAUCCUCUAAUGAAUCGCUCCGGAGGCUGCUAUAACAACCGUGAUACAUUCCUGCAGAACCCUCAGUACAUCUUCACUGUGCCUGAGGAUGGGCACAAGGUUAUCAUGUCACUGCAACAGAAGGACCUGCGCACUUACCGCAGAAUGAGAAGACCUGACAAUUACAUCAUUGGCUUUGAGCUCUUCAAGGUGGAGAUAAACCGCAGAUUCCGCCUCCACCACCUCUACAUCCAGGAGCGUGCUGGGACUUCUACCUAUAUUGAUACCCGCACCGUGUUUCUCAGCAAGUACCUGAAGAAAGGCAAUUAUGUGCUUGUCCCUACCAUGUUUCAACAUGGCCGCACCAGCGAAUUUCUCCUGAGAAUCUUCUCUGAAGUGCCUGUUCAGCUCAGGGAACUAACUAUGGAUAUGCCCAAGAUGUCCUGCUGGAACCUGGCUCGUGGCUACCCAAAGGUUGUUACCCAGAUCACGGUCCACAGUGCUGAGGGCCUGGAGAAGAAAAAUGACACUGAAACUGUAAACCCAUAUUUGGUCAUCAAAUGUGGAAAGGAGGAAGUUCGUUCACCUGUCCAGAAGAAUACUGUACAUGCCAUUUUUGACACCCAGGCCAUUUUCUACAGAAGGACCACUGACAUUCCUAUUAUAGUCCAGGUCUGGAACAGACAAAAAUUCUGUGACCAGUUCUUGGGGCAGGUUACUCUGGAUGCUGACCCCAGUGACUGCCGUGAGCUGAAGUCUCUCUACCUGCGUAAAAAGGGUGGUCCAACUGCCAAAGUCAAGCAAGGUCACAUCAGCUUCAAGGUUAUUUCCAGCGAUGACCUCACUGAGCUCUAAAUCUCCAACUGUAGAGAAUCCUGGCAGAGUUUUCCAUCCUUUUGUUUUAUGUCAGGUGCCAGGUCUUAACUAAGAUUUAUAAUUAUUGAAAGAAAGAAAUUCACAAUAAUUAACUUUUCCUCUCUCUGAUAAUUUCCCAUACCUCCUGAUCUAAGUAGCAGCUGUAGCUACAUAACCUAUAUACCUCCAGCAGAUGGGUAGGGGGAGGUGACAGUCCUAUCUGGAGAUCAUACAUAUGUGUGCAAAGAAAAGAUCUUUGGGGAUUCCAGAGGUGAGAUUCAGGCAGGACAAUAAUGAGAGCCUGGACACCUUACAGAUGUCUUUGCUGUUUUCACUUGUCCAAUAUAUAUUUCCUGUAGGAAAUGUUGAGGAAGGAGGAAGGAUGAUCAAGGCCAAGCUGGUCUAGCCUGACAUCCCAUCUCCUGAUUGACACUUCAGACUUUUCAGAAGCAUUUCACCCAGCAGCCAAAGCAGACUUUAAGGUUCUCACCCUUACCACCACCACCACCACCGCCACUACCACCACCACCACCACCACCACCACCACCACCACAGCUAUCCUUGCCACCUCCGGAAAGUGUAGUCCUGCCCUCAUCCAAGUCACCCCCCACAGUAAGUUUUACCUUUAUGUUCAGCAAGCUUCCUAGGUGCUUAAUCAAGAGCUGGGGUUCAGUGAGGCCUAGACAGUGAAAAAGGCCUGAGCUUGAACUCAACAGAAGCCAGCUGUAUGUCGUAAGAGGGAAUAGUGCAAGAAGCUGCAGUGGGAGACAAAACCUCAGUCCCCCACUAUCCACACACACCUACACUCACACGCGUGCAUGCCGGAGCGCACGAACUACCGUUCAGGCCGUCAGUGGGCGAAAGUGACGAGUUAAGUAUUACACACUCUGAAAAGAUGACAGGAUCCACCCAAGAGUAGUACAGCCAGUUUGGCGCCCCUGACUGCAAUGUGAAACCUCUUGCUGCUGCUAGGUUUACAAAUAAGCCCCCUGUCCUGUGCCUCCUAAUAUAGGUACUGGAGGUCCCACGUGGGAGCUUGAGACUUUGGGUCCGGGCCCAGCCUCCUCAGGCUUUUCCCUCAGUUGGGAAGCUUCACUCCCUGGGGGUGUUUGUUUGCCCUCUUGUUUUUCAGUACUUCUGCAAAAUUUUCUGUAGAGUCAGUCAUUAUAGAAUGUUCUUCCCUCUGUCUUCAUCUAUCAAUAUUCUACCCUUCCUUCAAGGCUCAGCAUUAAUGCCACCUCCUCCAUGAAACCCUCCCUACUCCCAUCCCAAAGCCCACUUCUAGCAAUAUUUCAACGCUUCUGUAAUGAUGAAAAAGAAACGUAGCUGUAGUACUUAGUCUAGUCUGGUAUGCAUUCAUUUAAAAAAUAUGUUUUGUAAUUUUUUUUGUUUUUCACUUCACUCAUUUUCUACCAUAUUUUCUGGUCUUUGCAACUUCCACAGUGCCUUCACCAAACUGCCUUAAUAUAAAUCAAACCACAAUAAAGUUCAUAUGCAAUAAAUGGACCAGUCUAGACUUGAAUUGAUGGCACAGUAGAGAUGGCAAAAAUGACCAUCUGUAGAGACAUGUAUUAGGGUUAUGGUAAGUGCAGGAUUGGGGGAAGAACCUCAUAAAACUUGAUAUCAGAUAGAAGUCUGAUGAAUUCAGAGAAAUUGGCUGUACUCUGAUGGGAUAGAUUUUCAUCUAGGUGGUUGGAUGGUUGAAGGAAUUGAGAGGACUUGCCUUUCAUUAGCCAUUCAGGAGCAACUGGGUGAUAUGUGAGAUUAUUCUACUUUGAAUGGACUUUAGAUUAAAGCUAUGAUGGUCAGACCUUUCAAGGGAAGACUUCUUAACAAGAGAGCACCCCAACUACUCUCUCCCAACAUUUCCUUCACUCACUUGCUUACACGCAAUGUGCCAGCUGCCCAUCCUAGGGUAGGCUAUGGAGCAAGAAACUCUCAUUCCUCCUCGGGCCCUACUUCUUGACAUGAAAGGAUGCCUACCUGAGGGAGAGAGCUCAGCAAAACAGUCCUCAAACACAGCUCGCUCUCUCUGCCCUUACACCACUAGCCCAAUGUGUAAUGGGAAUUUACAUAUUGUGUAUAUUUGUUAGAAAUGAAGUAGCCCAUACAGACAGUGUAAUCUUUUCAUGUUGUCACCAGAUGGCACUAUGAUAUUACAAUUAAGCUCAAAGAUAUUGCUAUUUCUUUUUUUGAGGGUGAGAAUCUUUCCACAAAUCACAAAAGGAUAGAAAAGAAACUAACACUUUUUGAUUAUUUGCCAUAUAGCUGACUCCAUGUUCAGUGCCUCAUAUACAUGAUCUCAUUUUAAUGUCCAUAGCUAAUAUAUAAAGUGCUGUCGUUAUCUCUAGUUUUCAAAGAUAAGGAAGUUAAGAGAAAUUGACAUAACUUUCUCACAGUUGCUCAGCCAGUAAGUGACAGAUUCAGGAUAAUGUCCUUUUGACUCUUGAAUCUGGGCCUUUUCCAUGAAAAAAUGCUGCACCUCAGAAAGCAGUGAGGAAAAGAAAAUUUUUAAAAAAGCAGUGAGUUCUCAUCUACAUUAUAUUAUCAGCUGUGUAGCCACAGUUCUGUACCAAGAACUGUGCAAACUGUGAAAGGUCUGGCCACCACAGCUUUGACCUAACGGCCACUCCAGAAGGAUUUCAAAUACUACGUGCUUUAUUUCAGAAUCUUUACCUUUAACUUUUCCUUCAUUUAUGUAUAUAAUGUAUUAGUAGAUUUGGUUUUCCCAAAAAGAAUCCCAUGCACAAAUACAUACCACAUAUGUCUUUGAUGCAAUGUGAAUGAAUCUCAAAAUAAUUACACCGAGUGAAAGAAGGUAGACAGAAAGGAGUAUGUACUAUUUUAUUUCAUUCAUAUAAAAUUUACAAAAUGCAAACUAUCCUACAGUGAAAGAGUGCUAUAUAUUGGUUUACUUGGAGGAAGAGAGGGGAGAAAAACAAAGGGGCCUGAGGAAUAUACUGAUGGUUAUAUUUAUAUUUUUAGAUCUGCUUAGUUCUUAAUUGUUGUGUUGGUUACAUGAGUAUAUGCAAUUUCUAAAUAAAACUGAGUUUUACUGCAAAUAAAUGUUUAAAAAGUGAAGCCUCAUAACCACUUCAUACUCUCUUACUGAUACUUUGACAUUUACAUAGGUAUAUCUAAAUAUAUUAAGAACUCCACCAGACAAUAGUAGAACAUUUGUUUCCAAUAGUAAUGUAUAUUUUAAAGAACUUAAGAGGAGGAAAAUAAUCAUUUAUUUUAGUUAAAUAUCACUAUUUCUAGUUUUCUUUCUUCACUACCAAAGUUCUGUGAUUCUCUCUGGUAUCAUUUAUGUUCAGCCCGAGAAGCUUCCUUUCGUGUUUCUUUUAGAGCGGUUAAUGAACACCUUAGUUUUCCAUCAUGUAAGAAUGUCUUUAUUUUAUCUUCACCCCUGAAGGAUAUUUUAAUUGGAUAUAGAAUUCGGGCUAGAUAGUUAUUUUCUUUCAGCAAUUUGAAGACAUUGUUCCAUUAUCUUUUGGCCUCUAUGGUUUCUGAUGAAAUCUACAGCAUUUCAAAUUAUUAGUACUAUAUAUAUUAUGUACCAUGUUUCUCUAGGUGCCUCCAAGAUGGUUCUUUUUCAUUCAUUCAUUCGUUCUUUAUUUUUCAGACAGUGUCUCACUACAUUACCAGGCUGCCUUUUAACUUGUAACCUCCAACCUCAGCCUCCCAAAUAACCAGCGUUAUAGGCAUGCAUCACCACACCCAUUUCAAGAUUUUUUUUGCUUGUUCUUGAUGUUAAGCAGUUUUCUUAUCUGUCUGGGAGUGGUUUUCUUUAAAUUUAUCAAAUUUGAGUUUCACUGUGUUCUUUAAUUUGUAUGUUAAUAUUUUUGAUAAUAUUUUAGAGGAUUUUGAGCAAUUAUUGAUUUAAAAAUUAGUUUCUGUACCAAUCCCUUUUUCCAAUCCUUUUGGGACUUUGAUGACAUGAAAGUUAGACUGUUCGAAAAUGUACCAAUGAUCUUUGAGGUCCUGUGCAAUUUUAAAAUACUUUUCAGUAAGUAUAAUUUUUACAAAUUUUAAUUUUUAAAUUUUACAUGUGGUGAAAUAUCUUAUAGAAAUAACCAUAGGCAUCUAUAUAUUAGACACUAAGACAGUACACCUAGUCCUAGGGAUUAGACAAAACUUUCUAGAGAAAGUGAUACAUAUGGAUGAAUACAUUUAGCCAAAUAAAGAAAGGAAGGACCAGUUACAGGGGAUGAGGAUAAUGUAUGCAAGUGUGUAGACUUACAGUCAAAUAUGGAAUAUCUCUAGGAAACCUCUAGUGAUUGGAACAUGUGAUACCACUGCAGGAGAGACAAAAUGGUGCUUGAGAAGUAAACAGGACAAAUGAUGUAUCUGGAUAAGGACUUUUUAAUGUAAUCUAUCUUGGGAAAUAGAAUUUUUUAAAAGCAUGAAUAGUUUCUUCUUUUUUUUUGUUUUUCUGAAUUUACUCAUGUUUCUAUAAUGGGCAUAUAUCACUUUAUUAUAAUAGAUUUGUUGAAAUAUACUUAUAUAUUAUCUGAUUUACCAAUUUACAGUGCAAAAUUCAGUGUAUUCCAUUACAUUAUACAACUGUGCAACAAACACCACCAUCAAUUGUGGAACAAUUUAUUACUUCCAAAAAGAAAUCCUGUAUCUUUUAGCAGUCACCUUCCACUUCUUUCCAAUUUCCCUUCCCCUACCCCAGGAAAAACCCUGAUCUACUUUGUUCUCUAUGCAUUUGCCUAAUCUGCACAUUUCCUAUAAAUAAAAUCAUACACUAUGUG